AUGGAGUUGACUGGCGUGUCAGCAAGAUCCCUCGUGUUCCUCGCUCGUUCUUGCUGGACCGGGUUUUCAGUGUCGUCGAAGUGUGAUUGCUGCCGGUAUUCGGGUGCCGCGAAUAAGUGUUCCCUCCGUGCUCCUGAUGAUGCUUCGCACACUCCUAAUUGGGUAUUUGACUCUGUGUGCUGUUUCCAGCAGGACAGACAAGACUCCUUCGCAGCAGCAGCAGCAGCAGAAGAAGAAGAAGGACCACGUUCUGGUCCUGGCUUCGAUUCUGUCCAUUACGCAAUCCGUCUGGACUGGCCCAUGGUGUACCGGGAGGCUGAUGAGGAUUGGUUUUUGGAAGUUUUCGAACGGCUCCAUGAUGUUCGUCGCCGAGUCCAGUACGACUAUGCUUUGAUGCGUGAUACUACCAUUGAUAAGGGUUGGUGGACCAAGGAGGACUGUACGACUGAUGAAGGGUCCUUCGAUGGGAGCUCUGAUUAUCCUAUGGCCUUUAUGACAUGGACCUCGUCCCAACCGGAGAAUGACGCUGGUCAAGAGAAGCCAGUGACUCCAGAACCGUCAAUCAUUCGCGAGCAACAAGACCAAGGGCCUACUGUUCCACCACCUGAGCCAGUACAUAGACAGUACCUUAGCGGAAUGACUUACAUGCUGCAUAAUGCCCCUGGUAUUCCCCCAAACUAUCGUCGGAUCACAGCCACCUCAACAACCAGAAACCAGGAGAUCUUGACGAUAAUAGAUCCCACCUCACCACCACCGGCAAUGUUACUAAAUGCAUAUGUCGACGCCUAUUUCCAACAUGUUUUCCAUCGAUUGCCUGUUGUUGAUCGUGCGGAUUUCUCUUCUAGCAGACCUUCGGUAGCUCUUCAACAAGCGAUUUGCAUGGUGGGAACGAUUCUACGGCAUCCUAAAGGACCAGAUAUCCUGGCUGAGAAUGAGAAAUAUUAUUACAAUGUGAAGACUCUUAUCCACACCAAUCACGAACAGGACCCCAUUACAGUUCUAAAGGUCAUGUGUCUUUUUUCAACACGCAACAUCGCUGGUCCUGUAUUAUUGACCAUUGAUUCCCCGUGGCAGUGGUUGGUUAUAGCAAUAAGACUGUUACAGCAAAUGGGCCUGCACCGCGAGGGAAUAUGUGCUACUUUUGUCAAUCCAAAGAUUGCACGCAGGAUUGCGUGGUCCCUUUUCGUGCGUGUCUCCCAAAUCCACUUUUACUUUUACUAA